CCGCUUCUACCCCGAGUCUCCCCCUCCCCCGGUCAGUGACGGUGCGGGUUCACGGCUGGGCCUGGAAUCGGUGUCGGACCGGAAGUUUGCGGAAUUGGGCGCACCAGUUUUGGAGAUGAGCCCAGAGGAAGAGUUUGGAAGCUGUUUGGAAAAUGCGGAGAGCUGGAUCCGGAUGAUCCAGGAGCGCCUAGAGGCCACUGACAAUGUCCAAGGACCAAAGGCUGCCUUAGAAAACAGACUGAGAGAGUCGGAGGUUAUCUUAGCAGAAGAGCCUGAAGGGAAUCUCCGACUGGGCAGGGUGCUGGUGAAGGCAGAAUCUCUCCUUCAAGGCAGAAGUGACGAUGAGAAGCAUGAAAUUCAAGCGGCAAUGAAACAUAUUAAAACUCUGUGGGAGGAUACACAAAUCAAUAUGGCCCAUUGUCACAGUCGGAUUGAAUGGGUUUUGCUGCACUGGUCUGAGUAUUUGAAGGCGAGGGAAGAUUAUUUUCUUUGGUUGAUGAACAUGAAACAAAAGCUGGAGCCUGAUCUUGAAUUACAGCUUGGCCUCAAGGAGAAGAAAUUACAAUUAAGCCAUCACACAGUCCUACUCAGUAACAUUUUGAACCAGGCUGCCCUGCUUGAGCGACUCAUCCAGGAAUCUGGGUCCUUAUUUGCAAAGACGGAAGAUGAGACCGUCAAUGAAGCAGCACAGCAGAUGUUAAAGGCUGAUCAUGAAGCUCUUCAGAUGAAAGCAAAGGAAAAGGUGAAGAUUUUGGAAGCAAUUGUACAAGAGCAUCAACAAUAUGCAGACAGGCGGGAAAAAUUCCAGAACUGGCUGCAGUGCAUGAAGGAAAAAUUUAACAACUGUUACACGUGCACAGGCGAUAAGAAUCAGAUGGAGAGAUCACUUACAGAGCUAAAGGAACUGAGCGAUGCAGUCAGCAGCCAAAAAGGAGAGCUGGACAAUCUGCAGGUUCAGGCCACGGCUGUCAUCCUCAAUACAUCUCCUUUAGGUGCUGAGCUCAUCACCAAAGACUUGGAAGAGCUGAGGGCAGACUGGAAUAGUCUGAGGCUGAGGUGCCAGCAAGAUCAGGAGCCACUGAAGCUUGGACUUCAUUCUGUGUUGGAAACCAAGUCAAGGGCUGAGCAGCUGGAGAGAGAAGUUGCCAAGUUCGCGGAAUGGCUACAGAGCUUCGAUUUGCAGCCCCCCGAUGAUGAUGGGAUGGAAACUGCAUGGUGCAAAUGUCUUCUCACCAGAUCUUCAAUUUUAGCAGAAGAACCAAGAGUGGAAGAGUUUCAGCUUAAAUUGAAAGAAUUUUGCAGAUUCUCUCAGAGUGAAGAACAACUUUGUAACAAAGUCCUGAGUGUAAUUCAAGAUUAUAAAAGGGUAAAAGGACAGAUUGUGAAGAGGUGCAACCAGCUUGGAUCGAGACUGCGGUGUGACUUUCAGAAGUUCUUGCAAGAGUUUCAGCAAUGGAGGAACAGCACUGAGAGCCUGCUGCACUUGCCUCUGGACCCGGACGGUGGGCCGUUGACCAUGACUUAUCUGCAGAACGUUGAGGAUCAUCUGGCUCGUAGCAACCAAUUGAAAAUCCAACUCGACAGAUUUCAGGGGCUAAAGGGAAUGUUGGACAGUGUCUACAGUGAAGAACAGGUUGCAACGUUUGAGUCUAAACUCCAAGAGGCAGUUCAGCAACGAACAUUCCUUAAUGAUAGCCUUUUACAAAGGCGGAGAAAAUUGCAGGCUCGAGGCCCUGAUGAAGUUAUUGAAUUCAGAAAGAUGAACGGUCGAGAUCCCUCUGAUCACAAACUGCUAUUGAAGAAGUUUGAAGUGUGGCUGAAAACUGAAGAUCGGAAAUUGACAAGUAUUUUUGCUGCUAAAAGUCCAAGGAGUAGCAGAGAAAGAAAAAACAGAAAACAAGGCCUGAAGGUGCUGCAAUCUCGUGUCCCUCAUGGCCAGAAAAUUUUUGAAGAGCUCCUCAGUACUGAGUUUUCUGGCGCGAAUGAAGAAGAGAAACAGCUGGAAGAUUUGCGAUACCGAUGGAUAUUAUAUAAAACAAAAUUGAAGGAGGCUGAAGAGCUUUCGGCUCGAGGCCCUGAUGAAGUUAUUGAAUUCAGAAAGGAAACAUCACGAGGGAUCUGCCAUUAUUUGUCCCGUGCCUGUUGUGCAGCACUCCCUCUCCAGCUGCUCCUGCUCCUCUUGCUGCUGCUUGCCUUUUUACUGCCACUGAUUGAGGAGCAGGACAGCUGCAGUGUGGUGAACAACUUUGCUCGCUCCUUCUACCUGACACUGAGAUAUCAGGGACCCCCUCCAACAUAACCAGCACCCUGACCUAACUUUGCACACAGUUUUCUUUUAAACUGUGAUGCAGAAAAGCACAGCUCAUUUCGUUGUCCUAUUAUUCGUAAUGGUGACAGGAUUUAUACUGUCUUAUUUUGCUUCCUGACAGGCUCCGGUAGAAGUUGCUUGAUUAUUUUAAAAGUAUUGGUCUGGAAGCUGAUUGUUUAUGUCUCUGGAAUCCUAUCAAUCCUGCUUGAGGUGAGGACUCCAUAAAGACUAUUUGCCAGUAUUUCCCUGCAAGCAUUAGGCCUUUUCAAAAAUAAAUUAUUUUAUGUACGAAAUAAAAGUAAAUUAUUUCAAAGGAACUUCUAACAAUUUCUGAUUUAUUUCUGGCUGAGGUUCAGGGUUCCAGCCCCCAUCUCGCACAGCUGGGCUGAUCACUUUUAAAUCUAACUGGAGACGUAUGAGGGAUGUAACUUCCCUGAAUUGCUAAGAUGAGAUAUACUUCAUAUUUUUCACCAUCAAUUUAUCUUUCUGGUUUUUGGAAAUUAUCAGGAAUGCAUCAUUCUAAUCUGUGCGUGAAGUAGUUUAUAAAUGUGUAAUUUGGUCUUUUUUUAAAAAGUAUGUAGCAGGGUGUUCCAUCAGAAAUCUCAGUCCAGACUGUGCUGUUGAUGUCUGAUCAUGAAAAUUACCUGGGACUCAGGUUCAGUCAUGUGAUAGAGAGGUGUGGUAGCAGCAGAAACAUCUUGCCUGUGGCAGUACUUGAAAGAAUUCCACAGGUUGUUCUAUUCUUGCUCUUUCCUUCAAAUUGGUAUUUUCACUUUUCAAGUAUUUAUCCAAAUCACUUUUUGAAAGUUACUGUUUAAUCUGCUUCCGCUAUCUUUUCAGGCAGUGCAUUCCAUAUCUUCACAACUCAACUCCUAUAUGUAGUCACACCUGAUCGUUGUUUUAAAUCUGUGUCCUCUAAUUACUAAUCCCUCCACACCUGGAAAUAGUUUUCUUUUAUUUACACUACCAAAACCACUUCAUGAUUUUGAGCACCUUCAUUAGAUCUUCUCUUUAAUAUUUUGUGCACUAAAGAGAACAAUCCCAGCUUCUGGAAUUUCUACUCAUAGCUGAAGUUCCUCAGUCCGGGGUGCACUUAAGGAAUCCUUGUCCAUCAAUUGGACUCCUGGGCCCUAAGCAAUAAUUUAUAAAGGUUGAAUGUAACUUCUGUGCUUCUGUACUUUAUUCCUCUAAGAUUAAACCAAAGGAUAGUAUCUUUUUUUUUCCCCUUGCGUUUGUCCAGCAAUUUCUGUUUUAUUUUUAGAUCUCCAGCAUCUGCUGUUCUUUGUUUUAUUUUAAUAUUCAACUUAGCCUAAUCCUGUUCACCAGUCACUCCUAUUCCCAUUGAUCUGAAUGGGUUCCCAGUUUACUCAUUCCUUGUUUUCAGUAUUCUUAUCCUGGAUUUCAGAUUCUGAUGGCCUUGCUCCUCCCGAACUCCUGCAGUCUCCAUUGCAUCAGGAUCUCGAUAACCUUCCACCUUCAGUUCCUGCAUAUGUUGAAUUUUAGUCACUUCACCAUUGGGGGCCACUGACCUGUUAACUGUCUGGGCGGAGAGCUGUGGAAUUCCCUCCCUACAUGCACUUGCCUCUGUACUUGUCCAUCUUCCUUCAAGACACUCCUUAAAAUUUGUUGAAAUGUUUAAUUAUAUGCCUCCCCACAAAUUGUAAGUCCAUUUGUGUUGCACCUCCUCAUUUUUGUUCCAUAAUGCUUCACUGAAAGCUUCCUUACAUUUAAAUUGUAUCUUCCACGUGUCUUCCCACUUUCACCAAUCUAUCUCUUUUUGGAAUCUGUUACUGUCUUCCUCGGGCAUAAUAUAUUUCUAGUUUCGUCAUCUGCAUUGAAAUUCUGCUCCAUGUAGCCAAGUCCAGGUCAUUAGUAUACAGCAAAAAUAUCAUUCAUAUCCAUAGUAAUAUUGCCCUUUUAAUACAGGUGCUUUACCGUCUGAUUCUGGGACCAACACAGUGCAAAUGCAGAUUUUAUUUUGAGCCUUUAUCUGAAAUUCCUUGCUGACAUUAAGCUUUGACAACAAACACUGCACGCUUCUGAUAAGCCUGGUAUCAAGCCUUUCACAUCUAAAAAAUAAAGAAGUGGCAAAUUUGAAUCAGCAUUUUUAUUUUCAAAUAAUAACAUAAUAUUUAGUUGCCUAACUAUUAUUAAUGUAAGAUGUUCUUACAAAGCUUAGACUAAGCAGUCUUAAAAGAAACCUCUUCUACUGUACUCUAAUAUAAUAUAACCAGUGUGGAUAAACAUGCAUUUAUUUCCUGUUCAAAAUCCUCUGUUGGUGUUUAACAUUUUAACUUUGAAAAUCUAUGUAACAAUAUGUAGAAUGGAAAUCCACGCACCUCUAAUGAAAUACUUAAGUCAACAUUUCUGAUGGAAACUGGCAUGAAUGUUUACAGCAAGGAGGGAAGGCAGUUAUAUAGUUAUCAUGUCAGUGACCUAAUAUUCCAGAGGCCCAGGGUAACAUGGGAAUAUGGACAUGGAUUGAAAUCCCAUUAUGACACAAGGUAAAAGAAAUUCCUGUUGUCUCUGAAAGGAAUUCUGCUGGCUUCUCCUGGUCUGGCCAGUAAGUAAUUCCAGCCCCUCAGCAAUGUGAGAUUAACUGUUAACUGCUCUCUGAAGUUACCAAGGGAGCCACUCAAUUCAAAGGUAAUUAGGAAUGGGCAACAUCCCAUGAACUGAUGAGAAGGAGCGAUAUGUGAACAUUUGCUCUGAUUUGUUGGGUACCAAAAAAGUCACUCAAAAUGAUUUUUACAGAUGUCACUACUUGUUCUGUUUUGAAAAUCCAAAACUCAGUGUUAAUGCAAUGUAUUAAUUAUUACAUUUCACAUUAAUCUGUUUCAGUGUA